AAGCUGCACAAGUCUGUAAAGGAUCUGCACAAGUACAAUAUGAAGGCACAGAAAGCCAAGCAGCCCACUGCUGCCAAGAUAGAACUGAAGAUAUCAGAGUGCCUGGACAGCUUCAAAGAGAGUGAGCGAGACCUGAGGGAGUACAAGGACUUCGCCUAUCGCAUGGCAGCAGUCGAAGAGAGGAGACUCCUUGCCACAUUCGUCGAGAUAAACGCGCAACUCACACAGGCUUAUGUGCAGUUCCUCGAAACGCAAUUGGUCGCACUGAAAGAAAAGUCGUCCCAUUGGUCUCAAAUUGCAGAGGAGCUUAAGUCCAAACUCAUGUCUCCAGAAGAUGAGUUUGACUUCCGUCGUGGCGUGCCUCAUAGUCGAGUAGUGUCUCGGGAGGUGACCAACAUCAGCUCCAGGAGCUCCAGUUGUUGCAGCUCCAGCUCAGACCAGAGUAGCAGUGCCAGUCCCAACCGGGUAAACACGGGACAGCAGAAGAAGAAUAGGAUACCUGUUGGGGAAUCGUUGGGACAUGAUGACAGAAGAAUCAUCAUCAGAGAACAAGCAGAGGCUGGUGCUCACUUGAACAGUCUGCCGCGGAUGAAGGUGUUGAUCAGGAAGCCCAAGAGCAGUCUGAGGAGAAGGGCUCAGAUGCAUCAGAGGAAGCCACUGUCGCCAAACAUGCAAUGCCCCGAUAAUGCUCCUGGAGGAAGUAAACAAAUAAUUACUCUCAGAGCCAGCAAACGACGAGACAAAACCAGGAACAAGACUAGCAAGACUUCUCAAAACCAGUUGCAAAGAGGCAACCAAGCCAGGAUGAGCAGAGGUACUCGUGGUCCACCUGUGACUGUGGGGUUGGGGGGCAGUUCCGGGGGGUAUAAUGGGAAUGACAGUACUUCCAAAUCAGAAGAGCCGCUGGAAGCGAGUGGCGGAAAAGACACGAGGGGCCACAGAAGAGGAAAGGGGAAAGGGAAGAGGAGCAGGUCGAAAGAGCUGGAUGGUGCCAGCAAUGGCCCAAAAGCGCCAGUGUCUGGGAAGCUGUCACUGAAUGCAGUCAAGGCCACCCACCCGUUCCAUCCGAGGACUGGAGGAGACAACAUCCAGCUGGAGUUCAGAGAGGGGGACAUACUGCAGGUGUUACACAAGGCCCCUCCACACAAGGGGUGGCAGUAUGGGCUGAACAGGAGAACCAACAAACAAGGCUGGUUUCCGCUUUCGUUCACUCAGGCUUUCGCUGGGUCUGAGUCGGCAGAACACGAGCACGAGUACGAGCGACUGAGUGAGUACGGGGGCAGUGGAAGUCACGGCUCAGCAGCGGCAGCAGCAGCAGCAGCCAAUAGGAGGGCAGACACUGGAUCUGCAGGGUCUGUGGGUGGAGGUAGAUUUCCGGCACCCGACUACAAUGGGCCACCGCCGGACAACAUGCAACACAUCAGUCAUAUGAACACCCAAGCCCCUGUUCCGCCUGCAGGAGCACCUGCAGGAGCUUGUAUACCCCCUCCUCCACCACCGCCGCCACCCCCACCUCCAUUGUCUGUACCAGCACCACCCCCUGCUGCUCACCUGUUGUCAGUCAAUCAGACUGCAGGUGGAAUGGGAGGAGGGGGCGAGUAUGAUUCGGAUCUGGACAAUCCAUUUGCUAAAGUGAAGUUGAGAAGACCUUCAGUAACACAUGACAGAUCGAAGCCAAUCAUCAAGAAGUUCUGAGAGCUAAAAACCUAUUUUAUCCGAUCAAUCUAAUGAGCUGUUGUUAGUUGAACAUCAAUCAACCAUUCAUUUUUCCUUUGUGACAU